UUUUUCUACCUACUUCACCAACUCAACUCACGCCCGAAGAGACGACGAGAACGAUUACGAUUCAUUAAAGCGCUGAGCCAGAGAGCAAUCCGGAGCAGAUCUUCCCAGUGGGCCGAGGUGAAUGGAGGUCACUUUUUGAAAAAUCAAACACGAACUGGUCUCUCAACGGACAAUUCAGCGAUUUGUGAUUCUAUGAUAGCUGGAGCUCGCGGUAUCAGUAUCAGUUCAUAUUAUUGUGUACGCCAGUGAAAGUGAAUGUGGUGAUUAGAGGUUUAGAGCAGAAUUUAUUUGUGGCCCACACUUAAUAAAAUGCAGUGCGCCGGAGUGAAUUGGUUGCUGAUUUUUGUCGCCGGUUUAUGCUUCCUGUUGCAUCAGAGCGUUCGCGCUUACAUCGUCGAUCCGGGACCGGUUGUGAUCGCUACCAAAGGUGCGAUAUGGCCAAAGCCACGUGAUCAGACGGUCGGUCAAAACUUUUUGGUCAUCAAGCGGAAGGCCCUUCAGUUCCGGGCCAUUAACAACACCUGUGACAUUCUGGAGAAAGCCCUGGAUCGGUAUCAGAAGAUCAUCGACGCAACUGGGGACGAUUCACGCCGCUCGAUGCUGAGGUCAGCUUCGUUUGGGGCCGACAACCAUUUGCGGAAAUCUUUCCGUUCGGAUCCAUCCUUUAAUGUAAGCCGCCAACAACGCCAGCGUGGCGUUUCAGGUUCAUCUCAAAAUGAUGACCAUAGUAGCACUCAUCGUCAUCGGGCCUUGUUUCAGGGUUAUCUGGAGGAAGUUCUGGUCGAUCUGAAGACCCCCUGUGAAAGUCUUCCCUAUCUGGGCAUGGACGAAGCGUAUGAAAUUACCAUCGAUGCUAACCAGGCUAAGCUGGAAUCGUUUUCGAUUUGGGGUGUUCUACGAGCGUUGGAAUCGUUCUCUCAAAUGGUUGUUUUGGCCGAUGAUGGAACUAUGCUACGCAUUAACACCACCACCAUUUCGGAUCAGCCUCGUUUCUCCCAUCGGGGUCUGUUGGUUGACACUUCGCGCCAUUUCAUCUCCGUCGAUGCGCUGAUCAAAAUCCUGGACGGAAUGGCCUACAAUAAGCUGAACGUGUUCCAUUGGCACAUCGUUGACGAUCACAGUUUCCCGUACCAGAGUAAGGUGUUUCCGGAACUGAGCGCUCAAGGUGCCUACCAUCCGUCGAUGGUCUACAGUCCAGCGGAUGUGCAGCAGGUGAUUGAGGAAGCAAGGCUGCGGGGUAUUAGGGUGAUGUCAGAAUUCGAUACUCCCGGACAUACUCGCUCGUGGGGCGUUUCACAUCCGGAACUGCUGACCGAAUGCUUCGACCAAUAUCGAGGAAAGUUGGGACCCAUGGAUCCAACCAAGGAGUCAACGUAUACUUUCCUGUAUAAACUGUUCCAGGAGAUAGUUCAGGUGUUUCCCGAUCAGUACGUUCAUUUGGGCGGUGACGAGGUGGGAUUCGAGUGCUGGGCCAGCAAUGCCAACAUCAUGGAGUACAUGAAGGAAAACCGAUUGUAUUCGUUUGAAAUGUUGGAGGAACAGUUCAUCCAGAAGAUUGUCGAUCAAAUCGAUAGUUUGAACAGAAGUUCAUUGGUGUGGCAGGAAGUGUACGUCAACGGGGUUAGCCUGCCAAAUGGAACGGUUGUCCACGUGUGGACCGGAAAUCGACAAGAUCUACUUUACAGAAUAACCAAGGAUGGUCUAUCUGCGCUGUUGUCUUCCUGUUGGUAUUUGGAUCAUCUGAGCACCGGCGGCGAUUGGCGUAAGUUUUACAACUGCGAUCCCCACGAUUUUGUGGGUACCCAGAAGCAGAAAGAUUUGGUUUUAGGAGGAGAAGCGUGCAUGUGGGCCGAAGUCGUUAACGACCAUAACAUUCUUCCCCGAAUUUUCCCUCGAGUAUCGGCUACUGCCGAGAAGCUUUGGUCAACCGAAGAUGUCAAAGACGUCGAGGAAGCUGCCCGUCGACUGGAGGAGCAUACCUGUCGGAUGAAUCUGCGUGGCAUCUCUGCGCAACCACCGAAUGGGCCCGGUUUUUGUGUGUAGAAAAUAGACGAGCGUAAUGAUUAUUUUGCAAAA